AUGACGGGCACCUCACAGGUUGCAGACCCUCUCACCAUUCUACCGCCAGAGAUUGUCUUGCGUGUCUUGGAAUUCGCGUCAAUCUCUACCCUCGCCUCCCUGACCGCAGUCUCGAACGCCUGGCACCAAUUUAUCGACGUCACUCACCAAGAAGCCAUCUACGGCUCCGAAUCCAAAACCACCCAACCACCCAAUGGUGCCCGUGACUUGUCAUUCCUCUCAGAAACCAGAAGCUUCUACAAACUCUUCAAGGACACGGAAUCAUGGAAGGAUGUCUGCAGGCGCCAGACGCUGCUCGCUCGCAACUGGGCCAAGCAGCACCCAGUUAGCCAGGAGUCGGUGUUGCAGGUCGGCAAUGCCCCUAUUUGGCGGUUCCGUGCCGACUUCAAGCGCCGAUUCUUUAUAUCCAGCUCCCAUGCCGGUGGUCUGAACGUCACGGAUAUGGAUACGGGCCAGAUCCUAUGGCGACUUCCCUCCACGCGGGAUCGUGAUGAGGAUGCGGUUCGCCCAUACGCGCAUCUGGAGUAUCAGGAUGGAAUGGUCGUGUUUGACCGCGAAGGGAAUGCCGUUGAGGUCUGGCAGGAGGGUCUGGAAGGCGCAGCACGUGGAGAGUUCCGCCGCAUUGCGGUCUUGAACCAUGGUUGCCAAACGAGAGGCUUUCAAUUGUCAUUCUGGACGCUCUGUGUGGUUUCUAACCAGGGACAGGGCUUUGUGUAUGACAUGACGCAGCGACCUCCCAAGUUGACCACGCACCUGACGAUAGAGCGAGAUGCCGUCGGCCACCUAGAUCAGAGCUCAGACGUCGUCAUUUACUCCAUAGGCGCACGAGGCUACUAUGCCUAUGACAAGACGUCUGGUGAAUUCCUCGGUAUCUUGCAGCCGUCCCAUUGCACGGACAAAUAUCACAUCCGUCCUCCUGCCCGCCGACCUUCUUCGGUGGGUGCGGCGCUGGCCGGUGCUGCGCGACAUACUUUCGGGGAUCGGUUUCUCCCUUCUGGUGCUUCUCGCACAGACUACCUGGACCCGAUCAAACUCGCCAAAGGCCCUCUCCCACCACCCACCGACCCUGAACACGUUUGGCACGAAGAAAACGAAUGGGGAGCAGGCAUGCUACAGGGAAAUCUCUUCGUGGGCUUCUCCCGCGCCGGCCGUGUCUUCGUGUGCUCGGACUGGCGCAAGGCACUCCGUGACCAGGCCAGUCUGGCUGCUCACAGCUCUCUCAUCGAAUGCGAGUCCGAUGGGUCCAGCUUUGACCUGGGCGGUUGGUUGUCUGUGCGCAACCACCGCAUAAUGUUCGAAAUCCAAGACCGGAUCUAUGUCGUCGCGCUCGACGACAACAACAAAAUCCAAGAUGUUGAGAAUCCCGCCCGCGCAUCGUACUCGCUGCUCACCAGCUUGGCGCCACAAUUUGACGUGCCGGUCAGUUACAUGACGCUGUGUGAUGAUGCGGUCAUGACCACUUAUACCACCCUCGGCCGGCGUCAACAACUCCCGGACCUCCCCGGUGGUCCCCCACAACACGAAAACCUCGCUCGCAUCUUCACGACCAAAGCCAUCCGCAUUAUCGGUCUCGCCCCUGAAUUCUCCAAAGACAGGAAUGUUUCGACCGCCGGGGCUGACUCUUCUGAAGAUCCAACAGCGGUGAGUGGAGGUCUGUCGGAUCCCACCCGGCAGCCUUCGCCGGCAGACGCGCUCUUGCAAUCACAGCCCGGGCUAUUGCAACUGGUCGCCAUGCUGGGCGGUGAGCUUGGAGACGAGGAUGAAGAUGAAUUGGAGGUCAUGGUUCCGGGUUUGAAUGAUGAUGUCGAUGACGAGUGGGAGGAUGAGGAUGAAGACGGGCAUGAGGAAGAAGAGCAUGCACAUACGCAUGAUGGACCCUAG